AUCGCUGUAAGCAGCCUGAAACAAGGCGGUAAAUUCUAGACGAGGUGCCCGGGAGAACCUAAGGCCCAUUAGCCUAUUAGAUCUCCAUCUUCAGGCAGGAAAGGCGUGUGCGAAAGCACAGGGGCACCGGACAGUAAGUGUGUCCGUGGAUGCUAAGUUUUCCACGGAGAUUUCAGGGAGGGGGCAGAGGCCUCGAGAGGCAGAGUAUAAAAGGUCAGCAAGGACUCAGAGGCUGUGUGCUGUCCGCCCUGAAGGGCCAGUGGCAUUGUGACUUGCUCACCAGAAAGCAGGUCCUGGAGGUUUACGACGGCUACAGGUACCUGCCCCUGGCCACGCAGGUGGUGCUCAUCAGCGCCACGCUGCCCCACGAGAUCCUGGAGAUGACCAACAAGUUCAUGACGGACCCCAUCCGCAUCCUGGUGAAGCGUGAUGAGUUGGCGCUGGAAGGCAUCAAGCAGUUUUUCGUGGCGGUGGAAAGAGAAGAGUGGAAAUUGGACACGCUGUGUGACCUCUACGACACGCUGGCCAUCACACAAGCCGUCAUCUUCUGUAACACCAAGAGGAAGGUGAACUGGCUGAUGGAGAAAAUGAGAGAAGCCAACUUCACGGUGUCGUGGAUGCACGGGGACCUGCCGCAGAAGGAGCGGGAGUCCAUCAUGAGGCAGUUCUGCUCCUGCGCCAGCCAGGUGCUCAUUUCCACCCACGUCUGGGCCCGCGGCCUGGACGUCCCUCAGGUGUCGCUGAUCAUCAGCUACGACCUGCCCAACAACCGGGAGCUCCACAUCCACAGAAUCGGGCGGUCGGGGCGGUACGGCCGGAAGCGCGGGGCCAUCAACUUCGUGAAGAGGGACGACAUCCGCAUCCUGCGGGACAGGGAGCAGUACUGCUCCACGCAGAUCCACGAGAUGCCCGGGAACGUUGCCCAUCUGAUCUGA